AUGUCUGCUGUUAAAAGAGAAGAAUAUUUUAAGGAGACUGAACCGUCAGAAUGGUCACUUGUCAGCUUUUUGAGUUGGAGAUCCAAGCAACAUGAAGUAUUACAAAUGUCACUCGAAUAUAGCACCUGGAAGAGCUUUAUUGAAAAUAUUGUUAAUAACUCUCAACUACAGUAUAUAGUGAUUUUGCAUCGCGAAAGGCUCAAGAAUUGGUACUUUCGUUUAAGGAUGCCUCAGUCUAUUGCUGAACACAUUUGGGUGGUCCCUGAGCCAAACCAAGUGAUGGUCCCUGAGCCUUGUUCACUCAAAUACAUUAUCGACAAAUCCGAAGCAGCAACAACUCACUCUGCUCUUAUGGGAGAAAGACGGAGUCAGAUUCUGGAAAGUGAAUUGAAACACAAGAGAAAGGAUUUCUUUCAAAGUCCUGCUGAAGUAUCAACAAAUGUACUUAUUAAACAGUAG